GAAAUUUAAUUUAACUUUUCCUCAUUUAAAUUUUCAAUAAUUCUCCACUUAAAUAGUUUCAACUCGAAAAGCACAAUGCCGAUUUCAUCGGAAGUGAAUUUGGCGGAGGUUUUCUUCAACGAGGAAGACUUGCCGUACGAGGAGGAAAUCCUCCGCAACGCCUAUUCGGUCAAGCACUGGAUGCGCUACGUGGAACACAAACGCAGUGCACCCAAGUUUGUCAUCAACACCGUUUUCGAGCGGGCACUGAAGGAGCUGCCCGGUUCGUACAAAUUGUGGUACAACUAUUUGAAGACCCUGCGGAGGCAGGUCAAGGGCAAGAGCAUCACCGAUCCGGAGUUUGAAGAGGUGAACAACGCCUUCGAACGGGCGUUGGUUUUUAUGCACAAAAUGCCCCGGAUCUGGAUGGACUACUGCACGUUCAUGACCGGACAGUGUCGCAUUACGAGAACGAGGCAGGUUUUCGACAGGGCGUUGAGGGCUCUGCCGAUUACGCAGCACCAGAGGAUCUGGCCGCUGUAUUUGGAAUUUUUAGGAAAGUUUGACAUCCCGGAAACGGCGGUUCGAGUUUGGAGAAGGUAUCUAAAGCUUUGCCCGGAGGACGCCGAAGAGUAUGUGGAGUUUUUGAUCGGGAUUGAACAUCUGGAUGAGGCGGCCCAGCAGUUGGCGAGCAUCGUUGAUAACGAGAACUUCGUUUCCAAGCACGGCAAGUCGAACCAUCAGUUGUGGAACGAGUUGUGCGAGCUGAUAUCGAAGAAUCCGGAUAAGGUACACUCGCUGAAUGUGGAUGCGAUUAUCCGGGGUGGGUUGAGACGGUACACGGAUCAGCUGGGGCAUUUGUGGAAUUCGUUGGCGGAUUACUACGUUCGGAGUGGCUUGUUCGACAGAGCCAGGGACAUCUACGAGGAAGCAAUCCAGACCGUGACGACCGUUCGCGAUUUCAGUCAGGUGUUUGAUGCUUACGCUCAGUUUGAGGAGUUGAGUUUGAGCAAGGUUAUGGAAGAGAUGGCCAAAAAUCCCACCCCGACCGAAGCAGACGAGAUAGAUGUGGAGCUUCUAAUGGCUCGGUUUGAAUAUCUGAUGGAACGUAGAUUACUGCUGUUGAACAGUGUGCUGUUGAGGCAAAAUCCGCACAAUGUGGCAGAAUGGCACAAACGUAUCGAAUUGUAUGAAAGUAAACCGCAUGAGAUAAUCAACACCUACACAGAGGCGGUACAUACGGUGCAGCCAAAGCUGGCUGUCGGGAAAUUGUACACGCUGUGGGUAGAAUUUGCCAAAUUCUACGAAAAGAACAAACAGUUGGAUGAUGCACGGAUCGUUUUCGAGAAAGCCGUCCAAGUCGACUACCUCAAAGUGGACGAACUGGCCAGCGUUUGGUGCGAAUGGGCUGAGAUGGAAAUUCGGGUGGAAAACUUCGACGACGCUCUGAAGAUCAUGCAACGGGCGACUGCCAUGCCUAAGCGAAAGGUAGCCUACCACGACGACACGGAAACGGUGCAGAUGCGAGUCUACAAAUCGCUGAAAUUAUGGUCCUUGUAUGCCGAUUUAGAGGAAUCGUUCGGUACAUUCCAAACUUGCAAGCAAGUUUACGAUCGAAUCAUCGACCUUAAGAUCUGCACUCCGCAGAUCAUCAUCAACUACGGGCUAUUCCUGGAAGAACACAACUACUUCGAGGAAGCAUUCAAAGCCUACGAGAAGGGCAUCUCACUGUUCAAGUGGCCAAACGUGUACGACAUCUGGAAUACUUACCUAACGAAAUUCCUCAAACGCUACGGCGGUCAAAAGCUGGAACGCGCCCGAGAUCUCUUCGAACAGUGCCUGGACGGUUGCCCUCCGGAGCUAGCCAAACAUCUGUAUCUCUUGUACGCCAAGCUCGAAGAAGAUCACGGCCUCGCGCGUCAUGCCAUGGCAGUGUACGAGCGGGCCACGACUGCCGUCAAAGAGGACGAAGCAUUUGCCAUGUUCAACCUCUACAUCAAGAAGGCCGCUGAAAUCUACGGAAUACCUCGGACGCGCCAGAUCUACGAGAAAGCCAUCGAAGCACUGUCGGAAGCCCAAUCCCGCCAAAUGUGUAUGCUAUUUGCCGAGAUGGAGACGAAACUCGGAGAAAUCGAUCGCGCUCGAGCGAUCUACGCUCACUGCAGUCAGAUGUGUGAUCCGCGAAUCACCGCCGAAUUUUGGCAGACGUGGAAGGAGUUUGAAAUUCGUCACGGAAAUGAAGACACGAUGCGGGAAAUGCUACGAAUCAAGCGAUCGAUUCAGGCUACCUACAACACGCAGAUCAACAUGAUGUCGGCCACGUUGAUCAAUUCGGCCGUCACCGGAGCCGGUUCGGAACCGAAGGAUGCCAUGCGAGCGUUGGAGGCGAAGGCGGCGGAAACCAGUGCCAGGGCCAUUGCCGCCGUCGGGGCCAGUGGUGGAAACAUUAUGUUCGUCCGAGGCGAGACCCAGGGUGGAUCGAAGAAAGGCGAUAAGGUGCUCAAUCCGGAUGAAAUCGAUAUCGAUGAGGAUGAAGAGGAGGAAGAUGAAGCGGAAGGUGAGGAAGGCGCAGAAGAGGAGGAUGUCAGCAAGAAGAUGCCCGUGGAGAAACAGGUCAUUCCGGCGAAGCUGUUUGGAAGUUUGCGACGGGAAGAACAGGAGGAGGACGACGAAUAGAAUGAGGAGGUGGUAUGCUUCGAUUA